AUGACUUCUGUUAAUACACAACCACAUAUGGGUCCAUACAAAAUAACUCAUUAUCGUUGCAAACUCAAUUCAACAACAACCACAUAUGAAUGCUCUCAACCAACAAACAUAUGUAGGUCCACGCAAAAUAACUCCUUAUCGUGCAAACUCCAUUCAAAGUUCUCCCCUAAUGAUGUUGGUUUCCAAGGCUCUAGUCGUUUGAAUAACUCUUCUGUGUUCAAUGAUUUCAAUCCUCGUCUAACUGUCAACUUGAAUAGCUUGAAUGUUAUGAAAGACGAUGUUAUACCAAUUAAAACUCCUCCUCCACAUCAUAUAAUAAAAGGUCCUCACAUUUUUCAUCCUGUCACCACUCUUCCACACCUUUCUAUCACAAGUCUUCCCUUGUGUCAUAUUGAUCAAAAGAAAGAUUUGGAUAUGUUUUGUUCUUCUUAUAGUGCUGAUAUGGAUCCAAUUCAUGAUAAAGAGCCUAAAAGUUAUGAGUUCGACAUUAGAGAUACUGAGGCUUGGAAAAGGAAAGGAAAGAGUUUUGUCUCUCCUAAUAAUUGUUAUGAAUCAGUGCCAAAUAAAAAGAAUACGUUGCUUAUUUUCAAGGAUGAAAAGAAUGAAAUUCCUAAAGGUUCAAUGAUUGAAACUAAUGAAGCCAAUGAAAAAGAUGAAGAGAAUUUGGAUCUGUCGCUUCACCUUUAA